GUCAAGACCCCCUCAAAAGUUACGGUUUAUUUAAUUUUAAGGAUGAGCACCAAGCAACAUCUCCAGGUGCUCCUUUGAGAACCAGGGCAACAAAGUUAUGUGCACCCCUGUAUACAUGACAUCAUUACAUUUGGAUUUUCGGAUAUGAUAUUUGCAUAAAAUAAUGAUUGUUAUAUAUUAUAUAAAGAUAUAACAUAAGUUAUAUUAACGUAUAAGUUAAUAAGUAAUAAUAAUAGAACAUUCUUUGAAACUAAAAAAGGUAAACACCGGUCUAAACUGACUGAAACGGUAAUGCAGCCAGACAGUCCCCGCCUCUUCCGCGUUUUCGUCCAAUCACUGCAGCUCCCUCGGCCGGAAGUUUUGAACGGAUCGUACGCGGGAAAUUACUUUUCGCUUCAGCUGGACAACAGAGGAGGUCAGUCAUUCAUAUACAAAAUGAAGGUGGUUACGUGUGAGAUUGCAUGGCACAACAAGGAGCCAGUCUACAGUCUGGACUUCCAGCACAGCCCGGAUGGUCGCAUUUGUCGGCUGGCCACAGCUGGAGUGGACACCACAGUUAGACUGUGGCGGGUGGACAUGGGCCCUGACGGGAAGGCAGUGGUGGACUUUCUGUCUAAUCUCACCAGACAUACCAAGGCUGUGAACGUUGUGCGCUUCAGCCCCAAUGGAGAGCUGCUGGCCUCAGGAGGAGAUGAUGCAGCGAUUCUGCUGUGGAAGCUCAAUGACUCUAAAGAGCCAGAGCCGAUGCCCAUGUUCCAGGAGGAUGAAGAUGCUCUGCUCAACAAAGAGAGCUGGACUGUGGUCAAGACUUUAAGGGGUCACAUAGAGGAUGUGUAUGACAUCUGCUGGACACGGGACGCAAGCUCCAUGAUCUCCGGGUCUGUUGACAACACGGCUAUUAUGUGGGACAUCAACAAAGGAACGAAGCUGUCCAUCUUGAAUGACCAUAAGAGUUACGUACAGGGGGUGACCUGGGAUCCUCUGGGGCAAUAUGUAGCCACUCUCAGCUGUGACAGAGUGAUGCGUGUGUACAGCACUCACACCAAGAAGAAAGCCUUCUGCAUCAGUAAGAUGAGCUCUGGGCCUCUCGCAGAGGGAGAGGUGAAGCAGCACAGAAUGUUCCAUGACGACAGCAUGAGGUCGUUUUUUCGUCGUCUUUCUUUCACACCAGAUGGAUCUUUCUUGCUCGCCCCAGCUGGGUGCGUGGAGAUUGGAGAAAACAUCAUAAAUACCACCUACAUCUUUUCCAGGAAGAGUCUCAAGAGGCCUAUCGCACACUUGCCAUGUCCGUCUAAAGCUACACUGGCUGUGCGAUGCUGCCCCGUCUACUUUGAACUGAGGACCAAGACGCUAGAAGAUGGUACAGUUCAGACUCUUCCCAACGUCUUCCAGUUGCCGUACCGCAUGGUGUUCGCUGUGGCGUCUGAGGACUCCAUCUACCUGUAUGACACGCAGCAGACCCUUCCCUUCGGCCUGGUGUCAAACAUCCACUACCACACACUCAGCGACCUCACGUGGUCCCGGGACGGCUCCUUCCUGGCGGUGUCCUCCACAGACGGCUACUGCUCCUUCCUCUCCUUCUCUCCUGGGGAGCUGGGCACUGCGCUGAAGGAGCCCCCCACCCUGGAGGUCUUUACACCAAGCACUGCCACUGAGAAAAAGGGCAAGAAGUCGGCAGCUGCUAGAAACUCGUCUCCCCUGACCCAGCCACAAAGCUCAGCCCAGACCCCCACAUCCCAAACCAUCAUCAGCAAACUCACCCCUGUCACCCCCGUCACCCCCCCAGAGGAGAAGAAGAGCACCCCGAGUGCCAAGUCCAAACCUCUGCCCCGAAGAAUCACCCUGAACACCCUGCAGGGCUGGGGGAAGCCCUCCUCCCCUAAAACCACAGCUCCCCCAUCCCCUCAGACCCCAACGUCUGAGAGCCCCAGCGCACCCUCCACUCCCCAGGCUCGCAUCGCCCCUCUCACCCCGACCCAGUCCUCCUCAACACAGCCACGUCUCACCCCUCUCACCCCGACCCAGUCCUCCUCAACACAGCCACGUCUCACCCCGACCCAGUCCUCCUCAACACAGCCACGUCUCACCCCUCUCACCCCGACCCAGUCCUCCUCAACACAGCCACGUCUCACCCCGACCCAGUCCUCCUCAACACAGCCACCUCUCACCCCUACCAAUUCGUCCACAACACAGCCCCGCAUCGGCACCCUCACUCCCUCCACCCCUAAGGCCAGUGGUAAUAACGCUGGGCAAAUGACUCCUAAAGGUACCACCACCCCAAAGGGGCCCACCCCAAGGAGGGUAUCUUUGACUACAGUUGCAUCCCGAUCUCCAGCUGUUAGUUCACUCUUCCGCACUCCCUCCUCCACUGAGAAGGCCAAACACGAACGCCCUUCUCCUCCCAACGAUCCGGUGUGCCAGCCUCCAGAGCCAAAACGGUCCAAGACCAGUGAGCCGGCAGCGAAGAGCAGUGCCACCCAGACUUAAUGUGUGAUACAGGGAUUUCAGAAAAGAUUAAAAACUGCAGAGGGAGACGCUUCAGUGUAAAAACAAUGAUGUUCCCCAUGGAUGAAGCACCACCGUGUGUGGGUUGCUUGUACUUCCUUAAAAAGCUUUAUCCUCACAUAAUGUACUUGGUUAUAAAACAAACUGUCUUUUGUAUUAAUACUUAUUUUUAUUGUGUAUUUUUGUAUCAUACAUUAACAAUGUUGUAUUGGAUUAUUUUGACAUUUAGAUGCUUAAGUGAAAAGUUCUGUUUUACUUAUUUUAAAUAAUGUGAUUGUUAAACUGCUGAAAACCUGAAGAAGAAAGAACCACUUCAAGGAUUAGUGCCUUGUGAAAAACGAUGAAAAAGUCUUAUUUAGCUGAAGACUGCGGGCCAGCAGCUGAAGUGAAGAGCUCAAAUUGUUAAGUCUUUUCUCAUUGUCUAAUAAAGAGCGUUUCAUAAA